UUUGCAGCGACUAGCCUACUACUGACUCAAGACUGCCCUAGCAACCCGGUGGAUGAGCCAACCAUAACCGUGUAAAACUCGAGACUCUGCCGCUACUGGGGACAGGAAACGACAGAGAUCAGAGAGAGCUCCGGAACAGUGUGGCUGGCGGUACAAUACAGCGUUAUAACAAGUCAGAUGUCUGGUACUUUCAAGGCACGGUAGCGGGAAUGGAGGAUUUAUGGAAUGACGAUUUGAACACUGGGACAGGUUCGGCGUGAGCGGCAAGCUUUGAUGUUACAGUGGAACACACUGUAGAUGUAGGCUAAUUUGUAUAAUUGUUUAUGUUACAUUGUGUUGUCACUUUCGUUGGCAAAAUUGACACUUGUAGCUUUCAUUCAAAUUCCUAUUUUAGGAGACUUCAAAUCUGUGUUUGAUGCAUUUAUUCUAAAUGGAUACAUUGUGAGUUCCCAGAUAUUCAUUAUGACUGAUAAUAUAAGGCUAUCCACUAGAUGAACUGUCAAAGAACACAACAUUCAACUUGACUCGCUUCUUUGCUACUUUAAUUCGUGCGUCACACAGCUCUCAAAUCUUGAGUUGGAAGAGAAAUAUAAGUGAUUGAACAGUCUUGUACAAGUUGUUCCAUGAUGGAACAUAAUCAUUCUUCACCGCGAGGAUGAACCACAGAACCAGCCCCGCCAAGGCUUACGAUUUUCUGCUUAAGUUUCUCCUGGUGGGAGACAGCGAUGUGGGAAAGGGGGAGAUACUGGCGAGCCUCCAGGACGGAGCCAGCGAGUCUCCGUAUGGCUACAACAUGGGAAUCGACUACAAGACGACUACGAUACUCCUAGACGGAAGAAGAGUCAAACUGCAGCUCUGGGACACCUCUGGACAGGGGCGCUUCUGCACCAUCUUCCGCUCUUACUCCAGAGGAGCGCAGGGUGUGAUCUUGGUCUAUGACAUCACCAACCGAUGGUCGUUUGAUGGUAUUGACAGAUGGAUUAAGGAGAUAGAUGAGCAUGCACCGGGAGUGCCUAAGAUCCUGGUGGGGAACCGGUUACACCUGGCCUACAAACGCCAGGUGACCACAGAGCAGGCCCAGGUGUAUGCCGAGAGGUUAGGGGUCACCUUCUUUGAGGUCAGCCCGCUGUGCAACUUUAAUAUCACAGAGUCCUUCACAGAGCUGGCCAGGAUAGUCUUGAUGAGGCAUGGCAUGGAGAGACUCUGGAGGCCUAACAAAGUUUUGAGUCUUCAGGACCUGUGCUGUCGUUCCAUCGUGUCCUGCACCCCUGUCCACCUUGUUGACAAGCUUCCUCUCCCCCUGGCUCUCAAGUCCCACCUCAAGUCUUUCUCCAUGGCCAACGGCCUCAAUGCCCGCAUGAUGCACGGACGGUCCUACUCCGUCACCGCCACUGCUGCCAACACCACCCACAUCCCCACCAAGAGGACCGGAUGCCAGCUGCUGAAAAAGAAAAAACUCUUCCGUCCUCCGCCGCUCAGCCCGGCGGCCGAACAGAGCUGCACUGGCAACAGCUGCAAGAUCUCCUAGCAACCAGUUGAAACAGGAAGAGGAAGUCCUUUGGGAAGGAUGUUGUCAUCACAUGAACAGGAAGUUGGUGUUGAUCACUAGUGCAGCCAAAGAUGGUGGAUAAAUUAAGAUCUCCCACUGAGGCUGUUUACCAUUGAAAAGAAUGGUCACAGUUCCGGUCUGCUUAAUUCACAAUGUGAAUUGGAAAUAUGUUUUUUUUUGCAUAUCCCAAUGCUCCCGAGACACCCCCAGAGAGUAGGGUCAUGGCCAGGGUCUGCCAUUAUCAACAAGAACCCUGGAGCUUAGGGUUAAGUGCUUUGCUCAAGGGCACAUUGACAGAUUUUUCACCUUGUCGGUUUAUGGAUUAGAACUAGCAACCUUUCAGUUACUGGCCCAAUGCACUAACCGCUAAGCCACCUGCCCAUUAUAGUAUCUGUGAGAGCACGGGCAGUGCCAUUUAGGCCAUCUCCAUUAUAAAGUAGUCCAUUUUCUUCUUCUACUACUUCUAUGAGUUGGCAAACAACUGAAAGGGUGCAUACUGCCACUCGAAGUGUGUGGUUUAAACAGGUAUAAAGC